GUAAAUACACUUCACGUGUUGGUUCGUGUAAAACAUGUCUACCGACGUUGCUUUAAAAAGGCCCAAAAAUGCGUCCUCUCAGCCCGAGGAGAGGCUGGACUGGAAGAAAAGGAAAGCAGAGAUAAAGGAGGCUAAUAAGCAAAGGAAAGAGGACAAGCUGAUCAAACAGCUGGAGAAGCAGAAACAACAAGAGGCAGCAGAGAGAGCAAAACUUGAACAAAGCCAGAGCAAAAAAGGUCGGCCGUACACGGUGAGUGUGGCCCUGCCUGGUUCUGUGCUGGAUAACGCUCAGUCCACUGAGCUUCGUACGUACUUAGCAGGACAGAUUGCUCGGGCCUGUGUGGUGUUCUGUGUGGAUGAGAUCAUUGUGUUUGAUGAACAAGGGGAAGAUGUCAAGAGCGUUGAAGGAGAAUUUAAAGGUGUUGGGAAGAAAGGACAUGCUUGUAUUCAGCUUGCCAGAAUACUUCAGUACCUUGAAUGUCCACAGUAUCUGCGCAAGUGGUUUUUCCCAAAGCAUCAAGACUUGCAGUAUGCAGGAUUGCUGAACCCUUUGGACAGUCCUCACCACAUGAGGAUAGAUGAGGAGUCAGAGUACAGAGAAGGAAUUGUCCUCGACAGGCCGACAAAACAAGGGAAAGGUUCAUUAGUCAACUGUGGAAUGAGAAAGGAUGUUCGGAUUGAUAAACAGCUGCAGUCUGGACUGAGAGUCACAGUGCAGCUCAAUAAGACGCAGAACCAAGAGAGCAGAAUGUUUAAAGGGACAGUGGUGGCUCCUCAUGUACCCAGGACUGAAGGAGGUCUCUACUGGGGUUACAGUGUCCGCUUGGCAUCUUGUCUCAGUGCAGUUUUCACAGAAAGUCCAUAUAAAGAAGGAUACGAUCUGACUAUUGGCACAUCAGAGAGAGGCAACCACAUGGACCAAACAACACUGUCGCCAUUCAAGCAUCUUUUGGUCGUUUUUGGAGGUCUUCAGGGAUUGGAGGCCAGCGUAGACACAGACCAAAACCUGGAUGUGACUGACCCCAGUGUUUUAUUCGACCUGUACCUCAACACGUGCCCCGGUCAGGGCAGCAGGACCAUUCGCACAGAGGAGGCCAUCUUAAUUUCCAUGUCAGGGCUGAGACAGAAGAUCACAGCUGCUUUUUCAGAUGUUGCCAAUGGUUCAUGAAAGAAUAAAUAAUAGAGGAAAAUAAAUAAAGACAUGCUGGUCUAAUUGUUUAACUCGUGUGUGUGAACUGCAAAGCUGUAAUUUUGAUCCACUGUAAUAUUUCCCAUAAAUAUCUCAUCACACCCAUCAGUGCAGUCAGUGCUAGAUAUCUGUUAGAUUUAUCUUAAUGUUAUUUUUUAUGUCUUCAUUCUGUAUGUCUUUCAAUAAAUUGUACAUAUAUAAAUACAUAUACUAUCCACAGGCUUGAACUGACUUGUAUUGGGUUUUUUUUGUUUUUUGU